AUGGGCCACGGAGGCGCCAUCAGCAAGUCGGCCUCCUCAAGCUCGCUCAGCGCCAUUGUCAAGGACCCCGACGCGACCAACGCGUCGUGGCGUGUUGUAUUUGACGCGGCCUUCGAUGGCCUCACGUCCUCGGAGCGUCGUCAUACCUUUGGUGAAUUCGUCUCGGCGAUCCACAAUGAGAGCCUCGAUCGACAGCUAGACGCCAAGGACGCCGCGUACCGGGCCUUCCUCGGCAAGGCUCAAGCCGCUGCCUCAGAAGAGUGUCACGGCACAUGCGUUACGCACUACUGCGUUGGUGUGCGCCACACAGCCCUCGUCACAACGGCUCACAUCGACAAGGACGAGUUCGCCGAGCGUACCGUCCCCUGCGCCGACAUGUGGGACCACGCGCUUUGCCGCCACUGUACCGUCGAUCGCUGGUCGUACCGCCAGCAGCGAACGGACCGCUGGGCGAUAACCGCCGAUGGCAUUCGCAAGCGCGACGCUGCGCGUAGCGAGUUUGUCGUUUCCAUUGACCUCGACCAGCUCCUUGCGUUGCCGUCCAACCCAGACUUUACUGGCGUCAUUCCCAAGCAGCGGCACACGCUGGACCGAGAGGAGCUUACCUCUUCGAUCUUGGCGUGGUUGGAAAAUGGCUCGCCUACUCUUGUCUACAGUGACAACAUCACGACCUUCCCUGCCGAAGUCUCGUCGCUUGAGCAGCAGCGCUUUAACAACAUGCGCGACCGUGUACAUGCCAUGCGCGCGUCGCCCGAUCUUCGGCACCAGCUCUUCUUGGAGCCGGACGGUGAACCGGCCGAGGUGGCCUACCACCACCCUGAUAACGUCCACAUGGUACCAACUUGGUACAACCUCGCAAAGCGAGGAGGCUUCGAGCUGACUGUCGAUGCUGUUAUGGCAGCUGUUCGUCUUCACCAGCAAGGCUUGCCCGUCACCGGGCUCGUUCCCCUUGUCGACGCGACGACAAAAACCAACACAGCAUAUGUCAACCGGGCGAAUGUUGGCUACGCUGACAAGAAGACGGCGAUUGUCCGCGCUAACCGCCUGAUGGAGGCGUUUGGCCCAGGCGCGACCAAGCUCCUGAUCCUCAACCCCUCGGCACCAGAGCCUCCGCAUAUCGACGACGCACUAAACCGAUACGUCAUUGCUGGUAGCAUACCGAGCGAGGACGCGGAGAUUCGUCGGCUCCGCAAGGAGAGUGGCGCAUUCCUCCAGCUUGUCAAGGAAUACGAGCAGGCGAAUCCGGAACUGUUUGCCGACGUCUCAGGCUGCUUCCCUCGGAACACCAAAGGCUUCCCCAUUGCCUUCUGGCCUCAUGCACGUCAAACCGACAUUUGGCGCUUGUGCUUGCGGGCCAUUCACCGCGCAGAGACGGAAUGCGAUAAACAGUUCGAGCCCAACCCCAACAACUCGCCCCAGGCGAUCUUGUUCCUCUGGCUGGUCCACUGGAGCAAGUACCGGGACCGCGACAUCCUCUUAGGGCUGCCUAUCGACUUCUCCGCUCCGCCCAGCGGUGCUUGUACCCCGACACUCAUUGCCCACCAGUCUCACCACGUGCCAUUCUGCUUCGGAUUCAAUACGCCGUCGCCAUCAAAGCUGAGCGAGUUCAAUCCGGACCAGGUGAACGUCCGCGUCGAGCUAUGGGUCGUGAAUGCUGUUGUACGAUCAUGGCGCAGUGCCACUUUGAUCGCCAUCUUCGAUUCGGCACAUGUACUCUCGCAGCGUGUUCUCAAUCGUGCCGCCGCGCACAAGCUGAUCCAGCCCGUGCAGCUGGGUCAGUUCGAGUUCACUGAGUCGUGUGCGCAGGAGUACGCUCGGAAUGGCCUGUCUGAUGGCGAGCUGGCUGCCAUCUACGGCAUCUGCACCAAUGACUGGGUUGGAGUCACAGACCACACCGAGCAGCGCACAGUCCGUGGCAACCCAAAGCUCGCUGAUGGCCCGGCAAGGAUCCUGGCCGAGCAGUAUACCACUGUCGGCCUGCGCGACAUUUUGCGCGACCGCGGCACGCUCACUACAAGUGUGAAGGAAGACCUCGCCCUCCGCCUCGCCCAGCACUCGCGAGAGGACAACAGUCACCUCGUUAACCCCGCGUCUAACCCGCGGUACCUCGAGCUCUGCAAGCUCAGCAGGAGCGAGCUCAAGGCGCUCUGCCGCGAAAAUGGAGUUAUUCCGUGGGGUUAUCGCGAUGAAAUGGCGAUGCGUCUGGUAGAGAAAGAGAUGAAGGAGAAGGGGGGCGUGGUCGAGUUCAGGCGUCGUGCGACGACGCACGAGUACUACUCGAUGAAAGCCCGCCGCUACAUAACCUUGACCGACGUCUCCAUGGGUAGCGAGGACCGCGACAGGCGUGUGCUCAAGCUACUCGACUUUCACCAAGGGCAUCUGCUACGCCACGCCACGCUCAAUGGCAUAUCUUGCCGGCGCAUGAGCCAGAAGCUGGAGGUUGCCAGGGCGCUGGUCGAGCGCGGGCUCGACCACAAGGUGCCGCCCGAGUCCGAAGUGUCCGCCGAUGCGGUGGCUAUGGCCAAGGAGCAUACCAAGAAGGAGCUCAAGGAAAUGGCCAAGGAGCUGAAGUACCGCUCCGACAACAACAAGGAGGGCCUCGCCGAGGAGAUUCUCCGUCGGCGGGCGAUCCUCGAUGCCGGAGGGUCCCUUGACGGCCCCAAGACCAAUCCCACCCGUCGCGGGCUCCGUUUCGUCCGGGACCAGAAGUACAAAGGAGAAGGCACGCCCGAGUUCCUCAAGCGUGCCAACCUUCUCAUGUCCAACUUUAAUCUGUCCGACCUACAUGCGAUCGCAAAGGACAAAGGCAUUGCCACGAACCUCGGAUCCAAGCAGUUGUCCAAGCCGGACUUGGUGAAGGCGUUUGUGGACUCAAACGCGGAUGUCGGCAUUGAGAUUCCUUCGAGGGCCAUUGAGGCCUCUGACGACGCAUAUGUGAACCACUUGCGUGGCUUUACCAUCACCGAAUUGAAGAAUCUGGGCAAGGAGAAGGGUGUCUCUGGCACGGCGUCCAAGGCCUCCUGGGUGGAAGCGUUGGCUAAACACGAGCGCGCGCAACCCAAGUCAACGUGGUAUGGCUCCGGCACGCACAAGCAGUAG